AAAGCAGCCCCACACUAAUACUAGAAGCAAAAACUCGGCGCCUCGACCUCUUUAAUUUCUUCCUCAACUCUCAACUGCCAAUCCGUUUCUGGUUUUGAUGGCUUCUUUGACUUUGCCAUCGUCUUAUUCAACUUCCCUCUCUUCUUCAUCCUCUACUUGUCUCUUCUCUUCUUCUUGCUCCUCUCUCAGAUACUCAGCCUUCUUUCCCAAACGAACCCGCCUUCCCAGCUACGUAAAUUGUGAAAUCAAUAAACCAGUGGAUGAGAAGCCUAUUAUUCCAAUCAUUAAUGAUGAGACACUUCCAGCAUUCUUGCAAGCCAAACGCUUACAGAAUGCAGUUACAAGUAACAACACCAAGCUGAAGAUAUUUUCCGGAACUGCAAAUCCUUCACUUUCUCAGGAAACUGCUUGGAACAUGGGGCUUGAACUGGGAAAGAUCAACAUCAAGCGCUUUGCUGAUGGUGAAAUUUAUGUCCAGUUGCAGGAGAGUGUUCGAGGCUGUGAUGUUUUCUUGAUUCAGCCGACUUGCCCUCCAGCCAAUGAAAACCUCAUGGAGCUUUUGGUGAUGGUAGAUGCAUGCCGAAGGGCUUCAGCCAAAAGAAUCACCGCGGUGAUUCCAUAUUUUGGAUAUGCCAGAGCCGAUAGGAAGACACAAGGUCGUCAAUCCAUUGCUGCCAAAUUGGUUGCAAAUAUGAUAACGAAAGGAGGUGCAGAUCGUGUUCUUGCUUGUGAUCUUCACUCUGGGCAAUCCAUGGGCUAUUUUGACAUUCCAGUGGACCACGUGCACUGUCAGCCUGUUAUCCUCGAUUACCUUGCUAGCAAGAAGAUUUCUUCCAAUGAUCUGGUUGUGGUCUCUCCUGAUGUUGGAGGAGUUGCUAGAGCACGUGCAUUUGCAAAAAAGUUGUCUGAUGCACCUUUAGCCAUUGUCGAUAAAAGACGCCAGGGCCACAAUCUUGCUGAGGUUAUGAACCUGAUUGGUGAUGUUAAAGGAAAAGUUGCAGUCAUGUUGGAUGACAUGAUUGACACAGCAGGGACUAUUGCCAAAGGUGCAGAACUUCUGCAUGAUGUGGGAGCAAGGGAAGUUUAUGCAUGCUGUUCACAUGCUGUUUUUAGCCCCCCAGCAGUUGAAAGGUUGUCGAGUGGCCUAUUUCAAGAGGUUAUCACUACAAACACAAUUCCAGUGAUGGACAAAAACUAUUUCCCACAGCUGACUGUUCUUUCAGUUGCAAACCUUCUUGGUGAAACAAUUUGGCGCGUGCAUGAUGAUUCUUCUGUGAGUAGCAUUUUCCAGUAGGUAGGAGUACAACCCCUCAUUUACGCUGACUAACUCGCGUGUUUAGCUUGUUCAUGCAACUUUUUUUUUUCAGAAUCUUUCUCCCUUAUUUCACUGGAUCUUCCACUUGCAUGAAAUUCCUUCUACUUUCUCUACCCUUUGGCUACUCAUCCGUUUGCAUAGUGCCGGGCAUUAUUUACUGGUCAUUAUUUCUGCCUUUCAUCUAUUUACUGGUUCUUGUGUUGUUAUUAUUUCCAUGUUGGUACUUAUAUAUUUUUUCUUUUUGUCUUUU